AAAAAAACAGAAAGACACCUUAUAUCCUCCACCAAUCAAAUGACCGAUGUACUUUUAAAAGCUUACUUCCUUUGUCUAUAUAUAGACUUGAUAUUGUUUUUGAUCCUCUGCACAAUCAAACUCAGACAAUGGGUCUCUUAGUACUCUUGCACUUCAUAGUAGGAGUAAUGGGCAAUGCAGCUGCUUUACUCCUUUACACAGCACCAAUAUUAACUUUUAAAAGGGUGAUAGCGAAACGUAGUACCGAAGAGUUUUCAUGUAUUCCAUACAUCAUAGCUCUGUUCAAUUGCCUAUUAUAUACUUGGUAUGGUUUCCCAGUGGUCAGUUCUGGCUGGGAAAACUUCCUUCUAAUCACCAUCAAUGGAUUAGGCAUAAUAUUUGAGCUCUCAUUCAUCUUCAUAUACAUAUGGUUCUCUUCAGCUCAAAACAAGAAGAUUGCUUCAUUAAUGUUAAUGGUUGUGAUAGCUGUAUCCUCUAUUACUGCAUUUGUAUCAAGUUUCGCAUUGCAUGAUCACUAUCACCGGAAACUUCUCGUCGGCAGUGUGGGACUGGUAGCUUCAGUAGGCAUGUAUGGUUCUCCAUUAGUAGCUGUGAAAAGGGUGAUCAAGACCAAGAGUGUUGAGUUCAUGCCAUUCUAUUUGUCAUUCUUCUCCUGUCUUGCAAGUUCUCUGUGGUUGGCUUAUGGGUUUUUAGGCCAUGAUCUUUUCCUGGCAGCACCAAAUAUUCUAGGAAGUCCCAUGGGUCUUCUUCAGAUUAUAUUGUACUGCAUGUACAGGAAACAUAAGGGUGAUCAUGAAGAAACUGAUAAUAAGAUGGAUUUGGAGAAGAAUGGAGUUAAAUUUGGAUCCCUGGAACAGGAUGGCAAUGAGAAAAUUUAAAAUUUCUCGUUGUGAGAACCUGCGGCUUUUAAUAAAGGAGUGAAUUAUCUAUUUUAUUUUAGAAAAAAUCUUGUGAGAAUGAGUUACAAAUAGAAAUUGUAUGACUAUGUUAUGUUUGCUAAACAAAUGUAUUGCUUCAAUUAAAAGAACCUGAAGAUAUUGUUUGUUUAGGUUCAAAACAGACGAAGUAAUUAAUAGAAAAUAUAUUAAUUAAGAUGGGAAA